GUGUAAGAAAAAAGCUGAAACUGUUCCCUCGCUGUUCGCAUGAGUUUGAAGAGGCUGCGUUCACAGGAGGGAGCCCGCCACAUGAGUUUAUCACCAUGAACUCAGAAAACAGAGCAAAGGAUCUGAGCUUCAGCUGCCCGGACGUCUACUAGGUGCUUAAAUGUGUACGUUAAAAACGAGCUGAAGAUGCAGGGGGCCAUUGCACGUGUGUGUGUGGUGGUGGCCGCUGCCAUAUUAAACCACCCCUUGCUGUUUCCUCAAGAGAACACCACACUCCCGGAGCAGGACGAGGUUCUGUUGGCUCGCAUGCGGGAGCACGAGGAGAGGCUGGAAAUGGAGCAGGCCAAGCUGGAGAAAGAGCUUUCACAGCUGGAGUCACAGCAGGAAGAAACCACCCCGGAGGAGGGUUACAGCUGGUACUUCUGGAGCACUGUGUCUUUCGUCAUAUUCUUCACUAUCGAGAUGUACAGGGUGGAUGUUGCCGACACAGAAAUCAAGCCAGUUGAGGAUGAAGACAUAUUUUCAGAGAGUGGAUCAGUCACCCCCAUGACGGUGGUACUCGAUAAAGAUGUCCUGAGAAACUUCUGUGACAAAUGCAGCUACACUUCAUCUCAUGAAAACUGGAGGGUGAGGGAGUUUGUCGAGGGUUUCGCCGAUGACCUGCUGGAAUCGCUCAGGAGCGUGUGCGACAGGGAGGCAGACAUGGAAGUCGGGGACUUUGUCGGGAUUGGAAGCAUGUUCGAGUCUUGGAAGGUGUGUAAGCCACUGAUGUGCGACCUUAUAGUGCCUUUCUCGCCUCCAGAUCCGUACUCCUUCCAGUUCCAUCUGUGGUGCAACCCCUCCAGCGACGUGCCUCCGGACAUGCAGGGCUGUGGCAAGAUAAAAGUCACCAGGUUUGGGGAGAACGAUGAGGGCUGUCUCUGUGGCUCUGCUAACCUGGGAGAGGACAUGCUGUGUCUGUUGCACAGCAGGAACGACACGCUCAAAGUGGACCGCAGUCCUGAUGAACUGCUGUGCUCCAGGAACACACCUUUCUUAGCCAAAGAUCGAGUCAUGAAGUGGUUUCAGAUCUCUGUAACCAAAGCGUGGGGACGCAUCUCUCACAAAUACGACUUUGAGGUCACUUUUCGCAACCUGGAUGCCGCCGGUGCUCUGAAGAUCCGAUUCCGUUCAGGGAAAGUCAUCGUAAUGAACAUCAUACCGGUGCUACAGCUAGAGGAUACAGAUGCCUAUUUUGUCUCACACUUUCCCUCCGAUUGUGACAGCUCUCCCGACCCAUACUGGCCCCUCUCUUUUGCUGCCUACGAAAGGAAUUUGCUGAAACAUUUUGCCAAACGCCUACCACAAAAUUCCUGUCAUUUACACUGCCUACAGAUUGUUACUUUCCUGCACAGAAAGCAGACAGGGCUCACAGGAAAAAGUGCCCUCACUAACUAUCACUUAAAGACCGCUCUGUUGCACUUGUUGCUGAGUAAAAGGCCCUCAUUGUGGGGCAUUGAGAGUACGGAGCACAGACUUCGGGAUGUGCUCAGCUUCUUGCAGAGGAGCCUGCAGGAGAAGAGACUUCAUCACGUUCUGAUCGGGAACAGUAAAGUGCCAGAGGACGUCCGGGUUCCUGAGAUAAUUCGCAAAGCGGAGCCCAUCAAUCUGUUUCGGUCUCUGGUGUUGCAGAGGGAGCUUCAUGCAGCUACAAUGAGGCACUUCCACGAGAUGUUGAGAAAUGCACCUGUGCUUAUACAAGAGUACACACCUCACUUAUCAAAUGGAGGUCUACACCACAGCCUGGAUGGAAGUGUGUGAGCUUUGGCAGUGUUCAUGAAUUAUUUCAUACUUUCAGCACUAGCAGACCUUAAAAUAUCAUUCAGUGUUACUAAGAGUAAUGCACAAGUACUGAAAUGAAAGGUGCGCAUACAACAGUUAUUUUAGUUACGGGCAAUAUUUUAGAUGUGUGGUGGUUUUUGCUGCAGCUGCUCUCUUUACAUUCAACAAGGUAGCCAGUGUGUUGAGAAUCUGGCCUUCAAACAAUACAUUAGCAGCAUUUCUGCCUGUAAAAUCUAGUUGGCAAAACAGUGCCUGCCCUACAAGAUUUGAUGGGUGUAUUGUUUACCCAUGUAGUUGUAUUUAAUUCAGUCUCAGUCUGUAGGACUGUUUCUGAAGCUUAUAAGUCAUAUUGCUUGUUUUAUGGGCAUAACAAUUUUCUGUAGAUAUCCCUAAUGCCUCUAAAAGAAGCAGCAACUAGUAAUUUACAUGAAGGAUUAUUUUAGAAAAGCAUUUCAGUAUUCUCCUGACAAAAAGCAAAGCACUUUUGUCUGAAAUACCUCUCAUGUUACUGGUCUAACAGGGAUGAAUGACCAAACUAGGGAUGCACUGAUCGGGAGAUUCUGGGCUGAUUUAUAGAUGUUUAAAAUAACAAAUUAGCUGAUAGCCGAUGCAGAUUAUUUUUUACUAUUUAUUUGCUCUUUUCUGCCAGUUUGCAGCUCAGUCCACUUCUGUUCUCAUCCAAGAUGUGACACACAGAACUGAACAGCCGCUCACUGUCCGUGCUGCUGCAUGGAGCACAUCUGUAUUUGCGUGAAAUUUGUGCCAGUGCUGGAAAACAGAAGUUAUUAUUUCUCCAAUAUCCGAGUUGGAAAUAACCAACACAACAUUUAGCCAGCGCAAAAUUCAGUGCGACACAAAAGAUAAUUAUCGGUUCAUGUGGCCGAUGUCAAUCAACAAAGCGGGGAUCAGCUUGUGCUGAUGAUUGGCUGAUAAAUCAAUGUAUCCCUGUACCAAACAGUAUCGCAGUGUUUUUGUUUUCAUUCAUACUGUUGCGAAUCUGAUGGCAGCUAUAACAUUUUGUAAUGUUCAAUGAUAAAUACUUGUUUUGUUAUUGGUUAUUAGAAUUCAAAUGUUUUUUUCUGGUUACAUUUCCACUGGGUUGAUGUCAAAUAUUUGGUAGAACUGCAGUUUAUUAAAUGGGACAACCUUGUGCAGCCUGCGGGGAAAAGAGUUUUUUGUUUUGUUUAUUAUAACACAGACAGAAAAUUCAGAUUCAGGCCGGAGUCAUUACAUCUCCAAUUUUUAUUAGAAAAAGUUCCAAACUUUUGAAUGGAUCAUUGAAAACAUCUUGAGUCACAUUUAGCUCAAUAUGCCUCAUUCCCAUUAUGGUUCAUAUUUCCCCUUCAAUACCAAAAUAAGUCUUAAAUGUCCAAUAAAAUACAUUUUUGUUCUUAAUAUUAACUCAUCAUGAUAUUCACUAUAGUAUACUUUCCUAUUACACACUUUCAAAGACAGAUUCCAGCCUAACCAUGAUCAAAAACCAAACAAAUGGACGGUUUAAGGUUUGGAUCACUUAUUUUCUACAGGCCAUAGUCAUAGUUGGGUUUUCCCUCAGUGUAACUCUUGUAGAAGGCCUUGUAGGUGUCCUCACUGUGCAUGGUGGCUUUGACAGCCGGGUCCUCCAACAUGCGCUCUGUCCAUUUCUUCAGCUCAGGUGUGCUGUCAAGGCAGCUGAAAGGACAAAGGGAAUCCAAUCAUUCACUCAAAACCAAAAUACAACUCAUGAAGUCACCCUCAUGAAAUAUUAGAUAUCAUGAAGGAAAGAUGACAAAGAAGACUUGACUUGUAUGAUCCUGUGAGAUUCCCUGCUUUAUAUUAUACUUACUGUACCUAAUAUUUGCUCCUAUCUACGGUUACCUUGACUGUUCUGAAAUGCUUCUAUAAAUAAAAUUUAUAUAUUUUUAAA